AUGGACGCAUACAGCCCGUCACAUCCUACAGAUCAGGAUAUGGAAGUAGAAAGCGAUUCUGCACCGACGCCUGAACAAGAUGCGCAUCAGAACCAUGUAAUUCCAGCAGACAUAUCUGGAACAGUCGUACCCCUGAUAUUCAGUGAAAGUGUGAACCAGGACUUUUCUGACGGUCUAGCCUCUCUUGGGUGCCCUCCUGAGCUAAAUACCGCGGAAUCUGGUCUGGAUUCCCUACAAUCUAAAAAAGAAGCUGCUGAGACAAAGCUCUUUGAAUCACUGUCAUGCGACACGCCUGUGCGUGAAGCGGAACCCAAAGCGGUAGAAGAGGUUAGCAGGAAUUCCCGUUCAAAAGAAGGUUCCAAGAUGGAACGGGGCGAUGCACCUCGUAGACGCAGCCGCUCGCGCUCACACAAACGUAAUCGCAGUCGAUCCGACGACCGGCGUAACCGACGUAAAUCGCGCUCACAUUCUCGCGGGCGUUAUCCCCACUCCCGUAGGCGUUCCCGUUCGCAUUCACGUGAUAGACGUCGGAGGCGUUCUAUAACUCCGGAACGUCGCCAGUCCCGCGGGGGAAAUUACCGCUCACGCCCCCGAUCACGAUCCGGGAGCCGGCAACAUGCAGGUCGUUCAAUAACAAAUGAUAGGCAUUCUGGAAGGAGACAGUCAGAACAACCGGCAGCUCCUGUAGACACCAAACCACAGGACAAGGCAGCUGCAGAAACCGUGGAUCAACCUGAGGUAAUACCGUGGGACCCCACGAAAAUGGUCUCCCUGAAUUCAGAUGUUCCGCAAGAAAGACCCCAUAGCCCUCAGACCUUAUCUUUGGAUUCCACCCAGAGUAAUUUACCGCCAGGUGCUGCAGUGGAUUUGAUGUUGCCUGCGCGUCCUCGGGUAACUUUACCGCCACCGAGCAGGUGGAACUAUCCAACGUUCCCCACGACGCCUAUGAUGCCUAAUCCGACGGGUUCGUUCAAUGCAAAUCCAAGGUAUCCACAGUCCCCGUUUGGUGUCUUAAAUGCCCCACAGUCAAACUUUCCGCCCGUUGGUUUGCCAUUUCCAACGUCAGCAAUGCCUCCUUAUCUACAACCACCUGUAAUGAUUCCACGCAUGCCUUCAGUUAUCCCCAUGACAAUGAGCUCAUUCGGGGUACAAAAUACCGUACAGCCGCAGUUAUCGACUCUUGCUGCUGGAUCGAACUUUUCGUCCAUGGCCCAAGUGACAUCCUUCAGUUCAGUCGCUCCACCUCCUCCACCACCUCCCCCUCCACCCCCUCCGCCCCCACCUACUUUUGCACAACAACUACAGAUGCCACGCCCUCCAAAUUUGCUGGAAACACUCAUGAGCAAAGCCGGUUUACCCCGUGAAACCCUAAGUGAUCUCGCUUCAACUUCGCAACCAACUACUGAAGCAGUAAGUACUACUACAGAGAACUCUCCAAUGAAGCAAAUCAAUAAGCUGCUUAGUUCUGCAGCCAAUUCCCUGCUCAACCAGCUUGCCGGCACUCAGCGUGGGGUACUUGAUGUCUCCACACCUGAGCCACUACCCCCACCACCGCCACCUCCCUUACCAAGCGAUAACUUCGGCAACCAAUCUGCUUUUACGGAACAGUCAUUCACGUCAACUUUUGUACCUCCCCCACUCCCUGCCGUAUCGACUGCCGUAGAUGAACACAAUUCUCUCCCUGUAUUAGCGAAUGGCGAGAAUCAACCAGCGAAACCCCACACCAACCCGUUUGAGGGUCAAAAGAUAGAGGAUGUUUUAGCCAAAAGGAAGCGCUAUGACUUCGCGUCGCGGCGGGAGUGGCAAGAACGCAUUGCCCUAGAGGUGAAGUCUGUUCUAAAGCCUGCCUACGCCGUGCGGCGGAUUAAUAAAGAAGAUUACAAAGAGAUUAUGAAAAAAGCCGUAACCAAGAUUUUGAGAAGUGGAACAUCGUCUGUGAAUUCGGAAAAAAUCAACGUGUUCGUGAAGCUGUAUAUCGAGAAGUAUCACCGAAUGCGAAAACUGAAAUCUCGUGUGGCUUCCAAGGAAACUGUACAGUGACUUAUGGUCUGUCUUUCUGUAAAUGUAACUGUAAAUAAAGAGUUUGAACAU